AUGUUUCUUGCUUGGAGGUGGAAGAUAAGCCUCGGGGUGUUAGCCGCCUACUCUGGUUACACCACCUUCAUAUAUGUAAGGGCUCAGAAGGAAAUCCGCCGACGUCAGGAGGCGAAAGCGAAACAACUGGAGACCGGGAACGACGAGUGUGAUAGCUGUCAAUACGACACAUUGCUGGUGAACGGGCGCUAUGAAAACCCCUUCCCGGAGUAUAGACCGCAGACCUUAUUUGAGUUUCUCGCGAUGCGGAUUCUCGAUCUGUGCGAGUUUGGCAGGCGUGGUGGGCUGCCAUCCUCGACCGACGAGCUUCGCUCUAACUUGCCAAUUGUGAAGCCAGACACAAAACUUUUGGAAGCCACGGCACACAGCAGACCCACGCAGCACGAGGACAAGCUCCCGCCUCUUUCUGAUCGGCUCACGUUCACUUGGUUCGGCCAGUCUUGUUCUCUGUUGCAAAUUGGCAAUGUGUCGUUUCUAACUGAUCCAAUAUUCGAAAAUCACCUAAUCAAUAAACUGUUUGGUCCUAGGCGAAUUGCGCCCGCUGCAAUGUCUUUGGACGAACUGAUGGAGACAGUGGCCGUUCCAGAGUUUGUUCUAGUCUCGCACGACCACCCCGACCACUUGGAGGUGGAAUCGGUAAGGAAAAUUGGCAACAAGUCAAUAUGGGUUGUUCCUGUUGGUGUGCGACAUUUCCUGGCCAAACACGGGGUUUCCAAUGUGAUAGAGAUGAACUGGUGGGACCGGGUUCCGCUGGAGACGAACACGCCUGAUAAGUACGAGAUUGUUUGCGUUCCUGCCAUGCAUUGGUCGGGAAGACAGCUGAUAGACACUAAUAAAACGCUCUGGUGCUCAUUUCUGAUUCUGCGGAAUAAUAAGUCAAUCGUGUUUCAUUGUGGUGAUACAGGCUACUCGCCAGACCUGUUCCAGCUCAUCGGACGGAAAUACGGCCCUGUCAAGUUCGCUGCUCUGCCCAUUGGCCAGUACUGUCCGCAAUGGCACCAACGACCUCGACACAUCAGCCCGGUGGAGGCCAUUCGAAUCGCGAACGACAUGAGCAUCGAAAAGAUGGUGGGUGUGCACUGGGGGACGUUUAUCUUGAGCUCCGAACAGUACAUGGAGCCAAAACGGAAGCUGGAGGAUUUGGCACGGAUGCAGGGGCGCACCAAGAGCGUGCUGGUGCCUGACCACGGACGAACAAUGGUUUUCGACACGUCCAGCAUUGACCUGCUGAGCGAAAAGGACCCGAUAGAGGUGCACGAUAGCAAGGUAUAUACAUAG